UCAAUAAUCCACAAUGCCAACCAAUUACUCUAAUGGCCAAGUCUGUCCCGUGACCCCAACUGGGCCCAGAACACAAUCAGAUAGCUCGGAACCCACUUAAACGAACACUGGUCAAUCCAGUUAGUCCAAUCCUUUGGUCCUGUCAGUGCUACGUCGGCCAUGUCCCCGAACACUUGGGUAAUUGAAAUGCCUACCCAGAAAGCGCGAUCACAUCCGCAUCCGCGAAGAAUCUCGCCGUACCGAGCACCCGGUCUGCACAGGGAUGCCUUCAGUACGGAUGCACCAAGUAUGCCAAAGAGGACCAAUGAUCAUCCCGUUUUCGAGGACAUUCGCACCAUUUUAUCCGUGCUCAAGGCCAGUGGCUUGAUGCCUAUAUACGAACAGGUCUCCGACUAUGAGGUGGGUCCUCCGACCAAAACCAACGAGUUUUACUCCUUCUUCGUAAGAGGCGUCGUCCACGCCCUAACCAUCUUCAAUGUCUAUAGCUUAUUUACACCGAUAUCGGCGCAAUUAUUCUUCUCCUACCGGGAAACGGACAAUGUGAACCAAUGGAUCGAGCUGCUGCUCUGCAUCCUGACCUAUACCCUUACCGUUUUUGUUUGUGCUCGCAAUACCACAAGCAUGUUACGGAUAAUGAAUGAAAUCCUUCAACUGGACGAGGAAGUGCGUCGCCAGUUUGGCGCCAAUUUGAACGAAAAUUUUGGGUUCUCGGUGAAGUUUUUGGUAGGAAUCGCCGCUUGCCAGGCAUAUAUUAUCGUGCUCAAGAUAUAUGCCGUGGAAGGCGAGAUCACUCCCACCUCCUAUAUACUCCUGGCCUUCUAUGGCAUACAGAACGGUCUGACCGCCACGUAUAUAGUAUUCGCAUCGGCAUUACUCAGGAUUGUGUACAUACGGUUUCAUUUCAUCAAUCAGCUGCUGAAUGGAUACACCUAUGGGCAGCAGCAGAAGCGCAAAGGUGGUGGAGCACGAGCGAGACGGCAGCGUGGUGACGUCAAUUCCAACAUCAAUCCGGCUCUAAUGGAACAUUUCCCGGAAGACUCACUUUUCAUAUACCGCAUGCACAACAAACUGCUGCGUAUCUACAAGGGCAUCAACGAUUGCUGCAACCUGAUUCUGGUUUCGUUUCUGGGCUAUUCCUUCUACACGGUCACCACCAACUGCUACAACCUCUUUGUCCAAAUCAACGGCAAGGGCAUGGUGUCGCCCAACAUAUUGCAGUGGUGCUUCGCCUGGUUAUGUCUCCACGUUUCCCUUCUGGCCUUGUUGUCUCGCAGCUGUGGUUUGACCACCAGGGAGGCCAACUCCACAUCGCUAAUCCUGGCGAGGGUAUAUGCCAAGUCCAAGGAAUAUCAGAAUAUCAUCGAUAAAUUCCUUACCAAGAGCAUUAAACAGGAAGUGCAGUUCACGGCAUAUGGAUUCUUUGCCAUAGAUAACUCCACGCUAUUCAAGAUAUUUUCGGCCGUCACCACGUACUUGGUUAUCUUGAUCCAGUUCAAACAGCUCGAAGACUCGAAGGUAGAGGACCCUGUACAAGAUCAAUCUUGA